AUGCUGCUCGCCGUGUUCGUUUUACUUAUCUCAUGUCCAUACAUCGAAGGUUAUGACUUUUUCCCAGGAAACAUUCAUCGUUGUCAAGAAAUUCCGUCGAAUUUCACUCUUUGCUAUGGACUUGGCUAUACACAAAUGCAUUUACCAAAUUUACUCAAUCAUGAAAGUAUUACAGAAAUUCUCUACGAAUUACCUUUAUGGCAAUCGUUACUCAGUCUGGGAUGUCAUCCCAAUGCACGAUUAUUACUUUGUUCAAUUCUUGCACCUGUUUGCCUUAGUCAAGAAGUAUCAACGAAGCCAACAUUGGUUUCGUUUGAUAAUAAUCAAGAUUCAGUAUUGAACAUGGCACAUGAUAAUAAACGAUUCUUAUAUCCAUGUCGGACACUUUGUGAAUCUGUAAAACAAAGUUGUGAACCGAGAAUGAUCGCUCAAUUUGGAUAUAAAUGGCCAACAAUGAUCGCUUGCGAUCAAUACCCAGCGGAUACGGAACUAUGCGUUUCACAAGCAUCCACAACGACUACCACCACCACUACAACAACAACUACAACGACAACAACUCGAGCUCCACCAACGACGAUCGUACAAGAAGACAUCUGCUCCAUGUGUCAUUCACGCGCGAGUACUAGUGAUCUACUUGAUGAUUAUUGCCGUUCAUCGACUGUACUGCGUACGCGUCCAGUUAAGCAUUCACUAACAUCGGAGAAUAAUUAUAUCUUUGCCAAUAAGCAUAAAGUUCGAUACUUUAAACGACUUGGCUCUAAUGAAUAUCAACUUGACCUUCCAUUGAAGACAUGCCCAUGUAUUAAAUUACAUUCGCCAGUCGUUCUAUUUCUGUCGGCAAACAAUGAAAUCAUUCGGUUUAUUUCGGUUAAACGAAGUCCAAAUGUUUUCAAACGAUUUCGAAAUACAAUUGUUCUGCGAAAACCUCGUUGUCAACGACGAUUCUAA